AUGGCAAUUACCUCCAAAUCCAUAGCCCUAACAUUCAUCUUCCUCUCAUACACAGUUUCUUGCGUCUCAAGUCAGCGAGAAACCAAGUUUCUUAACCAUGGCUUCCUCGAGGCUAAUCUCCUCAAGUUCGGAUCCUCCAAAGUCCACCCUAGUGGCCUCUUGGAGCUGACAAACACUUCGAUGAGGCAAACGGGUCGAGCUUUUCACGGCUUUCCCAUACCUUUCGUAAAACCUAACUCCUCGAACUCGAUUUCUUUCUCCACAAGUUUCGUCUUCGCCAUCACUCCAGGACUCGGAGCACCAGGCCACGGCUUUGCUUUCGUCAUAUCACCAUCGAUGGACUUUCAUGGAGCCCUUCCAAGCAACUAUCUCGGCCUCUUCAACACUUCCAACAACGGAAACUCCUUGAACCGCAUUCUCGCUGUUGAGUUCGAUACCGUGCAGGCCGUUGAAUUGAACGAUAUCGAUGAUAACCAUGUUGGUAUCGACCUAAACGGAGUGGUCUCUUUAGAGUCUACACCAGCUGCAUAUUUUGAUGACAAAGAAGCCAAGAACGUAAGCUUGAGGCUUGCGAGUGGUGACCCGAUCAGAGUCUGGAUCGAAUACGACGCAACCGAGAUGAUGCUCAAUGUCACAUUGGCUCCCCUAGAACGUCCAAAGCCAAACUCUCCUCUUCUCUCGAGAAAAAUGAACCUUUCAGGUAUCUUGUCAGAAGAACAUUUUGUCGGAUUCUCAGCAGCCACCGGAACUGUCACGAGCACACAUCUUGUUCUAGGCUGGAGCUUCAGCAUAGAAGGGAAAGCAACAGACUUUGAUAUAACAAAGCUUCCUUCUGUUCCAACCUCGCCACCUCCGUUGUCUCCAUCUCCAAGUCCUCCGGCUACAAUCAAGAAGAAGUCGAACAACACGAAGCUUAUCAUAAUCUCUGCAUUAGCAAUAGGUGCAAUCUUGAUCCUGGUUCUUGCAUCAUUUUGGAUCUUCCGUAGAAGGCAAAGAUUCUUCACAAGAGGCGCACCAAAAUUCUCUUACCAGUCGAUUUCAAGCGCAACGGGAGGUUUCGAAAGCUCUAAGCUUUUGGGAGAGAGAAACUCCGGGAGUUUCUACAAAGGACAACUUAGCUCUACAGAGAUAAUCGCAGUAAAGAGAAUUACUUGCCCUACAAGGCAGCAGAAGACAACCCUAAUAGUUGAAAUCGAUGCCAUCUCCAAGUUGAGACAAAGGAACCUUGUUAACCUACUUGGUUACUGCAGCAAAGGGAAUGAUAUCUAUCUCGUUUACGAGUAUGUCCCCAACGGAAGCCUAGACCGGUUCUUGUUCAGCAACGACCGACCGGUUCUAACCUGGUCAGAGCGGUUCUGUAUCAUAAAAGGGAUUGCCUCAGCACUUCAAUACCUUCACAGCGAAGGUCAAAGACCUUUGAUUCACGGUAAUGUCAAAGCUAGCAACGUGCUCUUAGACGAAGAGCUAAACUCUCGACUAGGAGAUUAUGGACAAGGAAGUAGUACAGGACACGUGGCGCCGGAGCUAGUUGAGACGGGGAAGGUUACACGUGACACGGAUGUGUAUGCGUUUGGCGUGUUGAUGAUGGAGAUUGUAUGUGGAAGAAAGGCUAUAGAGCCGACAAAACCUCCGGAAGAGAUCAGUUUGGUGAACUGGGUGCUUCAAGGGUUCAAGAAAGGAGAUCUGUUACAGAGAUGCGAUGCAAGAAUCAGUAGAGAGGAAUUGGUGGCUCGAGAAGUGUUGCUGGUUCUCAAGACAGCACUUCUGUGCGCAAACCGGUCUGCGGAAGCUAGGCCAGUGAUGAAGAAAGUGUUUCAGUAUCUCGACGGUACAGAGAGUCUCCCACUUGACUAA